UGGCGACAAGUCGACUGUUCCGGUUCCGCCCAUCUGUCAGGGACGCCGUUCUCGGGCGAAGAACGGUCUGCAUGUAAUGGCGAGAAAACUAGGAGUGCGCUCUAUUUAUGACACUCACAACAAUGUUGCUCUGGCUGACGAUGAGCACCAUGGUCCAGAAGACCUCAAAGAGAAACUCAGCAAAGUAAGAGAGGUUGUUCCAAGUAUGAGCAAGGACCAGAUAGUCAUGGCUCUGAGGUGUUAUGACUAUGAUGUCAAUGCUACUAUUACUGCAAUCUCAGAAAAUGGACUCGAAGAAACCUUGCGCGAAUGGAGUUGUGCUGGAAACAAAGUCAAGAUGGCAAACAAGAUCAGGAAGAGGAAAAAGAAGACCAAGAAAGAACCAGCUCCUGACUUUGGAGAGAAUGUCGAGGCCAAUGCUGGAGGUGACUGCAAAAACAUAGCCUUGGGAAAACUAGACGAGGACAAAGAGCACUUGGAGGAGCAUGCUGCUUCUACCUCCCCUGAAGAUACAUUUAUGAGCUCUUACAAGCAUAAUGGUAGUGAUCCAGAGAAGUAUCCUGCGGUGUCUUAUGGCUGGGGUGAGGAUCCACUACCAGAAGAGCCCUCGCAGGAGGAUGACGAUAAACCAGAAGAUUUUGGCGAGUUUGAAACUAAAAGCAGCAAUAGACCAAUGCAUAACAGUGGCCGUUCCAAAAGUAGCCCGGAUAUCAAACGCACCGACGGUCAUGAAGCAAACUCUCUUCCUUCCAGUACUACCACCAUCCCAAAGAAGACGUGCCUUGAGAAAUCCUUGAAGGAUCUUUCUCGCCAGACUGUAGCACUCCAAAGGGUGCAAGUUCUUCUGGAAGAACAACUCACAAAAGCUGAAAAAGCAGUUAAAGCUGCUUUCUCGGAAGUCCAUAAAGUCUUGAAUGACCGUCAGGUUCUAGUAGAGGAGGAAUUGGAAAAAGUGAAAAAUGAUGCUCGUUUUGUAUUGGAGCAGCGGCAGAAGUUGGCUGCUGAGCUGAAGGAACGUAGUGAUACUGCACCCUCACUCUCUGAGCAGAGCUUGGCUGAACUGCGAGAUGACAUUAAGCAUUUUGUAGUCGAACGUAAAUAUGAUGAAGAGCUGAGCAAAACAGCAAGGUUUGUUUACACCAAAGAGAAGAUUGAAAAGGAAAUCAAGAAUUUUGGCCAAGUGGUUCAUGUGAGGGACCCAUAUACAUCUCGGAGACUGUCAUUGUCUUCAAUUGCAAGCUCCAACUUCCAUGAUUCUGGUUACCAUCAAUCAGUCACAUCCAGUCCAGUUUACAAGAGUCAGUAUUAUUCACAUGAUACCAUGAAAGAAGAGAACAGGGGAAGAAGGUUUGAGGGAGGUGGUGGCUAUAAUCGUGCCUCAGAUGGCCGUUCUCCGAAAGUGUACCCCAUUAGCUCUCAUGGCACAACACUGGCCAGUCACCUGGUGGCCCUCGUUCAGGCAACUACCCUCGUGGCGGCCGCGGUCGUCGUUCGGAUGACUCGCGCUAUGGAGGGCCAGACCGUGGCGGCAGCCGGGGUGGAUAUGGUGGUGGGGGCCGGCCCCGUCAUUACAACCAAGGUGGCACAGGUCGAGGCCGCCGCACUGGUGAGAUGGGCCGUCACACAGCCGACACAGGCCGCUACACAGCUGACACGGGCCGUCACACAGCUGGCGCGGGCCGCCACACAGCUGGUGCGGGCCGCCACACAGCUGGCUCGGGCCGCCACACAGCUGACGCAGGCCGCCACACAGCUGACGCAGGCCGCCACACAGCAGACGCGGGCUGCCACACAGUCGAGGUGGGCCAACCGACUGUUGAAUUGGGCCGCCACUCGUGGGAUAUGGGCAACACUACUACUGAUGAUUGUUCAUGGGAUGACUUUGAUCACUUUUAGGACAUUAGUCUUUUUCUUUUUUGUCCCCGGAGCACGGUUGUCCUAUUUCCCCACUCUGGAUGCCCCCAUCUUUUUCUUGAUUCUGUGGCAGCGCGGUAUUGUGUUCAGGCACCAGGAAGUGUACACGUGUGCCCCCACCCCCUCAUUCCUCCUGCCUUUUGUUUCUUCCAGCUCUUUUUUUUUUCCCCCACUAGCUGGGGCAUGGUUUUCUGGCUUGUGCCAAAUGACAAAAAGGCAUAACCUUAGUUUUUUUGUAGUGUGUGCCUUAGCACUGUGGGAACCUCAUCAAUGUGCUGUGAGGGCUUGAUGUGUGCUGGCAUUUUUGUGGUUCAUCAGCACCCAUGGCACAGUCUAAGUGGUUAAAUUUUUUUCCUAUCUCUUAGGAAAAGUAGGAGCUUUUUUUUUUUACUGUUUCUUCUCUUCCUCCUUCUUAUUCUUUCCCUCUCUUUUUUUUUUUAAGAAGUGCUGGUACAUCCCACCAAUCCUGCCCCAGGGCCCCACUGCAGAUUCUGACAGGGCUAUUAGAUGAAAGCAAUUUCCUUCACUUACAGAAGCUGAGCAAUAACCCUACCCCUACCUCCAUUCGCUCAUGUCCUACGCUGUGUGGCAGCAGGAACUUUAGUUGCUGUGUUCUCUGCAGAACUCUUUCCUGGUGGGUCAGCAUUUCAAGGGACUCUUUCUACACUUUGUUGUUUCACCUGUGUUCUUGUAUGCAUAGAUAAAGUUUUUGAGUUUGGUUACUGGCCUCUUUUUACUGUUAUUUAUGUAUAUAUAUAUAUAUAUAUACACACACACACACAUAUACACAUAGAUAUACAUAUAUUUUUUACUGUGUUCAUUAGUAGGCCUACAAGUCUUUCUUUGUUAGAAAUAUUUAAUUUCUCUGGCAUGUACAUCUGUAUAUACAUGAUUAUAUGAAGGUUGUGUACAUAACUAAAAUCGACUUGAAUUGUGUGCACGUUACAAAUGAAUGCUAACCCUUUAUACCCAACAUCUAAUCUGUUCAGGAUCUGUGCAGUUUACUGAACCUAAGCUAUAGCAAGAAUUAUGUUGGAUAUUUUGUAUAUUCAACAGUGUGUAGUGCAGACUAUAUAAUUAAUAAAAGUCGAGUAUGCUAACUGCUUUUAUGUUGCUUGUUUUAAUGAUGUCUUGAGCCACUGAACAGGACACUAGUUAUCAAUUUAUACACUAUGGAGUGCCUUUAGCAGCUUUCUUUUGUGUUAUGUACUUUACAUCUAUUCCUGGAUAUGGCUGUCGAUACUCAUCUAGGUUACAAAAAGGGCCAAACUGCCCUGUUUUUUUGUGUGUGUGUUGCAAACGUUUUGAGCAAGCAUUUCCACAUAUAUUUCCUGUGAAAGCACACUAUUGUCCAAGUUCUAUUUAAUACUUUUACCUAGAGUGUUGUGUGUCUGUAUAUUGACUUGGAAGCAGUCUCUUCCUUGUGAGCACUUUUGUUCAUGCAAUGCAAGGCAGUUAACCCUGGCCAGCAAAGUAAAGUGUUGCAUUUUGGUACUAUGUCCACUGAACAAAUAAAAGUUGCUUGGUGCCUGUG